CCUUUACAAACCACUCCACACUCACUGUGUACACACACAAAAGGACACAGAAAUGGCUGAUAAGAAAGAGUUGAGUGUUCUUAGGCUUUUUGUGGCUUUCUUGGUGUUGAGUGCAAAUAAUGCAGGUCUUGGAAGUAGUCAAGAAGAUGAAGAUGCUGGUGAAAUGAGGAGAGCGUUAGUGCCUGCCAUGUUCAUUUUUGGUGACUCUUUGAUAGAUAACGGCAACAAUAACAACUUGCCUUCUUUUGCUAAAGCCAACUAUUUCCCUUAUGGCAUUGAUUUCAAGGGUGGCCCAACCGGAAGAUUCUCCAAUGGUUAUACCAUGGUCGAUACCAUUGCUGAAUUGCUUGGAUUGCCUCUGAUUCCUGCUUACUCUGAGGCUUCUGGUGAUCAAAUGAGAUAUGGAGUUAAUUAUGCCUCUGCUGCUUCUGGUAUCCUUGACAUCACAGGCAGAAAUUUUGUCAGUCGGAUUCCGUUUGGCCAGCAAAUCAGAAACUUUGAGAACACUCUUGAUCAAAUAACAGAUAAUCUUGGUGCACCGGAUGUUGCACAGGCCCUAGCUAAGUGCAUUUUCUUUGUGGGCAUGGGCAGCAAUGACUACCUCAACAAUUACCUCAUGCCCAAUUAUAACACCAGGAAUCAGUACAAUGCUCAACAGUAUUCUGAUCUCUUGGUUCAGCAAUAUUCCCAACAACUCACUAGGUUGUACAAUCUUGGAGCUAGGAAAUUUGUGAUAGCAGGGCUUGGACUAAUGGGUUGUAUUCCAAGCAUUCUUGCUCAAAGCAAUAAUGGUGUGUGCUCAGAGGAAGUUAACCAGCUUGUUCUUCCAUUCAACACGAAAACGAAGGCCAUGAUCAACAACCUUAGUGCUAAUCUUCCUGGUGCACGAUUUUCUUACAUCGACAUUCGUCACAUGUUCCAAGAUCUCCUUGCUAAUGCUAGAUCAUAUGGAUUCACCGUGGUAAAUCGUGGGUGCUGUGGCAUUGGGAGGAACAGAGGCCAGAUCACUUGUCUUCCGUUUCAGACUCCAUGUCCCAACAGGAAUCAGUACAUAUUCUGGGAUGCCUUCCACCCAACGGAAGCUGUAAACGUCUUGUUUGGCCGGAGAGCUUUCUAUGGAAAUAGGGAUGUUGUUUAUCCCAUGAACAUCGAACAACUUGCCCGUCUUUGAUCUCACAGUCAAACAUGGCACUUUUAAACCUUUAUGUGAAAUUAAUGUACCCUUUUCUUUCUCUUGUCAGCUAAAUUUAUUGGAUUGUCUGCAACUUUUGAGGGGCAGAAAUGAUAGGAAAUUCACUCGGAAAUUAAAUGGAUUAUAUAACUUUUUCGGCUAACUUAUAAAGCGAGUUAGUUUGUAAAUGAAUUUACGAAU